ACACGCGCCAACACUGAACACACCUCGUUGAUAGAUUCGUCGCAAAUGCACAAAAAUUUUGGAUGGUGUAUUAGAAGCAAAAUGUUGAAAAUCUUUACACUUUUGAUAAAACUUGACUAACGUAGCACAUAAAUUUUACGCUGAACUCUUUUUUCUACACCUAAAGUGCAGAUUUUUAGCGAAAUAUAAUGUUUUACGCGGUCACUACACCAUCUUUUCCGUCAUAAUGAAAGAGGACAAGACAACUGAACAAGUGCUGCCACGCUUUACAGAGCUAUUUAACAAAAACAUUUUCUGGUAUUUUCUUUGUUUAUAUUUCUUAAACGCAGCUGGUAACACGAUAUCUCUUCGCUUUCACAUUCCACCCGUGGCCGGUAUUUGCUCACCAUUGAAAAAUUUUCUAAAUUGCCAAAAUUAUUGCAAUAUAUUAAGAUUUGCAAUAAAAUUUGGAAAAUCUGUUGCUAUAAUUAUAAAUUGGCAAAUCUUCGUUUGUGUGCCAUACUUUUUCAAAGAUUUCAUAACAUCUGUAAUUGAAAUCGAAGUAAUAUUUGGCAAGAAGAGUCAGUGCGAAAAAUCAAUUGAAAGUUGAUACAUAGCUUUGCCUUUGGAAUUGUGUAAAAUUUUCGAUAUGUCUGCAACUGGUGAUUGUUUUAUCGUAAAAUCUCCAAAUACAGCUGAAAAUACUAUAAUUUUUGGCCGAAAUGCUUUGGACGCAGAUGCUGUAACAGAAGCACAAGAAGUUCAAUACUACAACGCCAAUGUCGCACUUGAGGGGAAGCCCGAUGGUGGUGCCGAUGUGGUUAAAGCGAAUGGUGAAAUAUUGCGUAUGAUAUUGCAAAAGACUCGUACAGGCAUUUGGGGUGGUGACGUGGGUGCUAACGACCAUAAUGUGUGCAUUGCUGUUUCCUGGUCAGCGGAGGAACCAGCUAACGAUAGUGAUAGUCUUACAUCAACUGAUAUUGUGCGUUUGACUUUAGCUAUCGCUAAAAACGCUGUUGACGCAGUGGAACGCAUUGGUAAUUUGAUAGCUAACCACGGGUCAGACUCUGCAAAAUUUAGUUUUGUGGUCUGUGAUACUAAGCAAGUGUGGUUAGUGAGCAGCGGUGCUAAGUUAUGGGCUGCACAUCAGGUUGCUGAUGGAUUCCUCCGUAUAACAAGUAAAGGCCUCAGCGUAAAGACGACAAUUGACAAAUCAACUGACGAUUUAGGUGAUGCUCUCCAAACGCUUGGGCUCUGGAAUGGCGAGGGCGAUUUAAAUUUCGCCAGCUGUUUUGAUGCAGCUGAAACUGCAGAUGUUGAAUGGAGCGGCGAAGUACCCAACGGAGACGGUAGCUACACUUUGACUAGCAUGUUUGAUACUCUACGUUCGGCGGCUGAUAGCGCAACGUCACGUUCGGCCAGCGUCUCUGUGCUUACAACUGGAAUUUCAUGUCAUUGGUUUACGGCCACACCUAAUGCUAGUGAAUCAGUCUUUAAACCAUUCGUCUUUGCACCUAAUCCCAAAAUUUCACCACUCACCAAAGUGCCACCUGAUAACACACACACACUCUUGCAUAAGCUUCAUGCUCAGCGCAAACCAAAUGCUGUUGAUGAUUUGAAAGCUCUAGAGGUUGCUUGUGUUGAAGAGUUAAACACGUAUUUAGCGGAACAUCCAACUGCUGACGAGGAGUUGGAUGAACUAAUGAAAGACUGUGUGGAAGCUGAAGUGAAGUUUUAUCGUUAAACGUUGGAAUUUCUCGGAAAACAGGAAAAACAUAAACGUUUAUAGUAUUUCGUAAAUUAUAAGCUGUAGACAUUUACUAGCCUUUGGAAUAACGGGUUUUCUGUUUAACGCUGAAUAUGCAUUUCUUAAGUGAUAUUUUUGUUUUUACUUUUUAUACGAAUUUAACUUAUUUGCAUUUUACGUGUUUGUAAUUUGUUCGUAUUCAUAAUUUUAAGACGAAAUUUGUGAUUUUUCCAUGACUAUUAUACACUUAUAUAUAAGUAUAUUAUUUAUGUUAUAAGGUAAAUAUUAACGAUUUCUCUGACUAUGUUUAAGAUCAAGUCUGUUAAGAACAAUAUUGUAAAAGCCGCGACUUCUUAUGUUAAAAUUCUAGUUUUAUUGCAUAUAAUUUGAAUUGCUUUCAGUUUUGUGAUUUGUAUCCAGAAAGCACAAAAAUGUUUGCAUACAUUCAAUUGAUAAGUAUUUUUCCAUUUUUUCAUAUAAAUGUGUAUUUAUAAGAGUAACGACUCACCUAACACUCCGCACGAUAAGCUUGCUGCGUAACUGUUUUGAUGAAGGAUAGCGAGAAUAUAUAAAAAUUGUAAUGCAUGCUAUGAUUAAGCUCAUUCAUUCAAUUAUCUUUGAAGGAAAAAUUUUGUGUAACGGUAAACAUUACAUUUAUAGUAACGCGUUAUUUAUAUUCCAUAUGCAUUUACACACAUACAUAUAUUUAUACGCAUACACACAUAAACACAUAAUUGCAUGAUUACGAUUAUGAAUAAAAAAAAAACUUUAUACACAUAAAUCGAUAAAACAAUGAAGCUCAUACAAAUAUUUAGAUUUAUUUAUCGCUGCGCUCCGCACUAAUAUGGUGAACAAUAACGAUUGCAAUUGAAAUAAAGCUAAAAAGCAAAAAAAAAA